UGCGAAAGAAGGGGGGGCGCAUGGGCGCACGGGCGCAGUACCUAACUGGCAGACUGGCAGUCUCCACAUAAAAAAUAAAGUUAUAGCGUAUCAUUUUAAGGUAACACCAAGGGUCCAUCUUUCCACUACUGUACGAUUUGGCGACGCUCCACGUUCUUAGAGACGUUAAUACCUUAUUACAUCUUUUCUAGCAGUCGGCCACUUAGUCUACAAUUUUAGAACAUGGCCCAAAGCGCCCUUAAUUAAUAUUAUUAUUUGCCUACCUCGGAAGAUCUAGCUUAGAGAUUCAUACGAAAUACGAAAGGAGCUAACAAGCUGUGAUCCCCACGGACCAGUAUACAGCUAACUAACUGUACAGCUACGUACCCGCCUAUGGCUACCAAUGUCGAUCGCAAUGGUGCCGCCUUAUAGCAACGGCUACGGCAACGGCUACGGCUACCCGUCGUCUUCCCUACCUCUACCUACAUCUUCCUCCUAUGAUUACGACUACAGGAAUAACAACGAGCCCCAAUCCAUCUGCGACGAGAUACUUGCUUGUUUCGGAGUUAUGCUGGGGCAACUCUGGGGAUACAUAAAUGGACGGGGCCGACAAGUAGCUUGGAGCUGGACUAUGAAGGUAGCACAUCAAAUCGGAAAGAAUAUGACCCGACAACGUCUCUUGAGCUUCCCGCAUCUGCUCGUGGCUCUCUGGAUACUCGUUUUGCUAUGGGGGGAACGCUGGGUGUUCGCAAGUCGAAUACGGAGUUGCGACUGGGACCAUUGGGAAGAUUGGCCAGCUGGAACAAUCCCGCAUCGAUUAAUAUUCGUCGCCGAUCCCCAAAUUAUCGAUCCUCACUCCUACCCCGGUCGCCCGUGGCCCCUCAGCCCCAUCACCAUGGCCAUAACCGAUAAUUACAUGCGGCAAUCAUAUAUACAAUUACAGAAGCAAUUACAUCCAGACACUGUCGUCUUUCUGGGAGACCUUUUUGACGGCGGAAGAGAGUGGAAGACGAGAAACGGGAACUUCGAAGAUCCGGAAUGGGCAAAAGAGCACCGACCGGCCGAAGAGAGAAAAUAUUUGAAGGAAUGGCAUAGAAAAUACGGCGACGAUUACUGGCUUCGGGAGUAUGCGAGGUUCGGCAACAUAUUCUACGACAACUGGAAUCUGGGGGGUGUUUCCCCCGGCCCUGGACAGCGGGGACGAAAACUCAUCUCGAGCUUACCGGGGAAUCACGACUUAGGUUUCGGGGCUGAGGUGAAGGUUCCCGCGAGGCAUCGAUUUAAUGCAUAUUUCGGAGAGACGAACAGGGUUGAUGUCAUCGGAAACCACACCUUUGUAUCCGUGGACACACUGUCGCUAAGUGCUGGUACCUCGAGCAUGAAAGGCCAGGUCGAUCUACAGCCUAUCUACGGCCCAGUCCAGCAAUUUUUAAAAGAAGUUCAGGCAACGAAGCGAAGGGCUGUUCAGAAGGAGCUGCGGUUUUGGAGGGGUGAAGUAGAGGAGCUGGCUUUUGAGCACAAAGUCGAAGAUAUCGAAACAGCAGAUUAUAGCAACUUACCGACCAUAGAUCCAGGAAAGGGUGCACCCGAUCUCCCGACCGUCCUCUUGACGCACGUACCUCUAUACCGAGAUCCAGGAACACCCUGCGGUCCGAUGAGAGAGCACUGGCCUCCGGCAAAACCGCCUAAAGACCAGACAGGGCCCGUAAUCCCGGAUCACCGAAAUGCCAUUAGCGUCUCGGGCGGUUACCAAUACCAGAAUGUACUAAAUCCGGAAGAUUCCGAAAGGCUGAUCAAGGACAUCGGCAACGUAAUACAUGCCUUUUCCGGAGAUGACCAUGAUUACUGCGACGUGGUGCACGCGCCGGAGCAGGGAAACGUCCGCGAGAUCACGGUCAAGAGUUUCAACAUGGCCAUGGGGGUGCCGACGCCGGGUUUCCAGAUGGUUUCUAUGUACAACCCCAUCGAUGACAAGGGAAACCCUCUCCCAGGCUCCCCGAAGACUACACUGCAAACUCAUCUCUGCCUACUCCCACAACAGAUCUCGACAUAUAUGACGUACACUGCCCUUGGCGUGAUAACCGUACUAAUACUUGUAGCGCGCGCCUUCUUAGUCCCCGUCCUCAAUCUCCAGCCGUUCGCCCUAGAACCUGUCCAACACCCGUCAUCAGCACUACUCCCGAUAUUCAAAGCCAAGACCGAAGGUGACGACAGGUUCGCUUCCGACAUGACGCCAACUUCAUCAAGGACAUCCUCGUCAAAAUUCCCCUCGGCUCGCGUGUCGUCCACAAGACCACGCGGCCAAUCUAUAACUAAUGGGUUGGGGUCACAAGCACGCGCUGCCUCACCCAAUACUAAAGCGAAAGCUAAUUCCGGGAAAUGGGGAUGGGGUCAGAAUAAGGGCCCUCGCAUAGAAAUUAGGAGGGACGCUUAUUACGACGAUAAGGAACGUAGCAGCGACACGUGGAAACCGGCGUCGCGGUCACGAAACACGCUAGGGGUCGUUGGUAGGGAGAUAUGGACGACGACCUGGCGCGUGGUGUGGAUGGCGCUACUAUUUUACACGUACCUCACGUAUAAAGGGUAAGGUUGAGUGAGUGAUGGAAUUGUGUUCAUACUGUGUUUAAUGGCUGCAAUACCUAGGCAUAUGUAUAACUUCACGGACGUCCCACCUUUCCCCUGCGUUUAGGUUCUCAUUCUUUUACCUAUACUUCUUUGGAAAGGAAAAGACAAGGGAGGAAGGGAAGGAGGGAAUACAUGGGAAAUGGGAGAUAGGGGAUAGGGAGUAGGGGAACCAAUUCAUUUAUGGCUAGCGAGCGAGAAAAGGAAUACGCUUUGGUAGGAGGGCUUGUUAUGCUAAUGGCUAAUCGAAGGAAAUUCUCUUCGU